UGCUCGCGCGCAGGGUGGAGUUAAACACAACGGUGCAGAAAUCACAUCUGACGUUACAUACCAGCUUUUACACGACAGGAACUUUCUGCUGGGGGAUUGGGAGUGUUAAUAUAUCGGUAAUUGUCCGAAAGUGGACAACUGUAGAUCGAAGAAAUCUGAGGAGUAGCAGCGGCACAGUCGCAUAGUGUCAAUCAUGGUGGCGCUGUCGCUGAAGAUCGGGGUGGGGAAUGUGGUGAAGACGAUGCAGUUCGAGCCCUCCACGAUGGUGUAUGACGCCUGUCGCAUCAUCAGGGAGAGAGUACCAGAGGCCCAGCUCGGCCAGCCCAGUGACUAUGGCCUGUUCCUGUCAGAUGAAGACCCGAAGAAAGGCAUUUGGCUGGAGGCAGGCAAAGCCCUGGACUACUACAUGCUGAGAAAUGGAGAUACUCUGGAGUACAAGAAAAAACAGAGACCGCUGAAGAUCCGCAUGUUGGACGGCACUGUUAAAACCGUAAUGGUGGAUGACUCAAAAAUCGUCAGUGAUAUGCUGAUGACCAUCUGUGCCAGGAUAGGCAUCACAAACUAUGACGAGUACUCGCUGGUGCGUGACGUGGGCGAGGAAAGAAAGGAAGAGACCACAGGAACACUGAAGAAAGAUAAGACCCUGUUGAGGGACGACAAAAAAAUGGAGAAACUCAAACAGAAGCUUCAUACAGACGAUGAGCUGAAUUGGCUGGAUCAUGGGCGGACGCUGCGAGAGCAGGGCGUGGAGGAGUUUGAGAUGCUUCUUCUCAGGAGAAAGUUCUUCUACUCUGACCAGAACGUGGAUUCAAGAGACCCUGUGCAGCUCAACCUGCUUUAUGUGCAGGCCCGUGAUGACAUUUUGAACGGUUCUCACCCUGUCUCCUUUGAUAAAGCCUGUGAGUUUGCUGGAUACCAGUGUCAGAUCCAGUUUGGAGACCACAAUGAGUCCAAACACAAACCUGGAUUCCUAGAUGUAAAAGAAUUUCUUCCAAAAGAGUAUGUCAAGAACAAGGGUGAGAAGAGGAUCUUCCAGGCACAUAAAAACUGUCAGAACAUGACCGAGAUCGAGGCCAAAGUCAGCUACGUCAAACAAGCUCGAUCUUUGAAGACCUACGGAGUGUCAUUCUUCCUAGUCAAGGAAAAAAUGAAAGGCAAAAACAAACUUGUGCCGCGUUUGUUGGGCAUCACUAAAGAGUGUGUGAUGAGAGUGGAUGAGAAAACCAAAGAGGUGAUACAGGAAUGGAGUCUGACGAAUAUCAAGCGCUGGGCAGCUUCGCCUAAGAGCUUCACCCUGGACUUUGGAGACUACCAGGAUGGUUAUUACUCAGUUCAGACUACUGAAGGAGAACAAAUCGCCCAACUUAUCGCCGGCUACAUCGACAUCAUUCUUAAAAAGAAAAAGAGCAAAGACCACUUCGGCCUGGAAGGGGAUGAGGAAUCGACCAUGUUGGAGGACUCUGUGUCUCCCAAAAAGUCAACAGUACUCCAGCAGCAGUUCAAUAAGGUUGGAAAGGUGGAGACAGGGUCCGUGGCUCUUCCAGCCAUCAUCCGCUCUGGUGCAGGAGGUCCAGAGAGCUUCCAGAUGGGCUCGAUGCCCCAGGCCAAACAACACAUCACCAGUGGGCAGAUGCACAGAGGACACAUGCCACCUCUGACGUCAGCUCAGCAGGCUUUAACUGGGACCAUUAACUCCAGUAUGCAGGCAGUACGGGCGGUCCAGGCUUCCCUCGAUGAGUUUGACACGCUGCCUCCUCUGGGCACAGAUGCUGCAUCUCAAGCUUGGAGGAAGAACAAAAUGGAUGAGUCCAAACAUGAAAUCCACUCUCAGGUGGAUGCUAUUACUGCAGGAACAGCCUCUAUGGUCAAUCUGACUGCAGGUGACCCAGCGGAGACCGAUUACACGGCUGUGGGCUGUGCCGUCACCACCAUCUCCUCUAACCUGACAGAGAUGUCUAAGGGUGUCAAACUUCUGGCUGCGCUGAUGGAGGACGAGGGAGGGAACGGACAACAGUUGCUGGGAGCUGCUAAGAACCUGGCGUGUGCUGUGUCUGAUAUGCUGAAGACCGCUCAGCCCUCAAGCGCAGAGCCACGUCAGAACCUCCUGCAGGCGGCUGGUAAUGUGGGUCAGGCCAGCGGUGAACUCCUGCAGCAGAUCGGAGAGUCUGAUGCCGAUCAACACUUCCAGUUUGUAGGUACAGCAGCAUUCUUACAAUCCAGACGGACACUUCAUUAUAGUCAAAUACUGGAGAUGUUGAUGCAGUUGGCGAAGGCUGUGGCGAAUGCUGCCGCAGCUUUGGUGUUAAAGGCCAAGAAUGUGGCUCAGAAAUCUGAAGAUUCAGCCCAGCAGAAUCGAGUGAUCGCUGCUGCCACCCAGUGUGCUCUCUCUACAUCACAACUGGUGGCCUGCACACGGGUGGUGGCACCCACCAUCAGCUCGCCUGUCUGUCAGGAACAACUCAUUGAAGCAGGAAAGCUGGUCGCAAAAUCUGUGGAGGGUUGUGUGGAUGCAUCACAGGGGGCGACCAAUGACGAGCAGCUUCUCAGACAGGUGGGCGUGGCUGCCACAGGUGUCACCCAGGCUCUUAAUGAACUACUUCAGCACAUUAAGCAGUACGCCAGUGGAGGACAGCCAAUCGGACGGCACGGAGAGGCUACCGACCGCAUCCUGGAUGUGACGGAUAACAUCUUCAGCUCGAUGGGAGAUGCAGGAGAGAUGGUGCGUCAGGCACGGAUACUGGCUCAGGCCACCUCAGAUUUGGUUAAUGCCAUCAAGGCAGAUGCGGAGGGUGAGACUGAUCUCGAGAACUCCCGCAAACUCCUGUCUGCAGCAAAACUGCUUGCCGAUGCCACCGCAAAAAUGGUGGAAGCCGCCAAGGGCGCAGCUGCUAACCCAGACAGUGAAGAACAGCAGCAGAAACUGCGUGAAGCUGCAGAGGGUCUGCGCAUGGCCACCAACGCAGCCGCACAGAACGCCAUUAAAAAGAGACUCGUCAAUAAACUGGAGAAUGCAGCGAAACAAGCCGCAGCAGCCGCCACUCAGACCAUAGCUGCCGCCCAAAAUGCUGCUUCCUCCAACAAGAACCCUGCAGCUCAGCAACAGCUCGUACAGAGCUGCAAGGGGGUGGCAGAACAGAUCCCACAGCUGGUUCAGGGUGUGAGAGGCAGUCAGUCUCAGCCCGACAGUCCCAGCGCCCAGCUCGCUCUGAUCGGAGCCAGUCAGAACUUCCUCCAGCCCGGAGCAAAGGUGGUCACAGCCGCCAAAGCCACGGUUCCCACCAUCAGCGACCAGGCGUCUGCCAUGCAGCUCAGUCAGUGUGCCAAAAACCUGGCCAGUGCUCUUGCUGAACUCCGCACGGCUGCCCAGAAGGCUCAGGAGACGUGUGGUCCUCUUGAGAUUGAUAAUGCUCUUACAAUGGUGCGGGGUCUGGAGAGGGACAUGCAGGAGGCUAAAGCUUCAGCCUCCGCUGGCAAACUCAAACCCCUGCCAGGAGAAACUUUAGAGAAGUGCUCUCAUGAUCUGGGAUCCAGCACUAAAGCUGUGAGCUCGGCCAUCGCUCAGCUGCUUAGUGAAGCUACACAAGGCAAUGAGAACUAUACAGGUAUGGCCGCUCGUGACGUGGCUCAGGCCUUGCGUUCGCUGGCGUCCGCUGCUCGUGGUGUGGCCGCCACCACCGAAGACCCUCAAGCCCGUAACGCCAUCUUGGACUGCGCCGGAGACGUCAUGGAUAAAUCUGCCAGCCUCAUUGAAGAGACCAAGAGAGCCGUCGCCAAACCAGGAGAUCCAGACAGUCAGCAAAGAUUGGCUCAGGUGGCAAAGGCUGUGUCUCAGGCUCUGAACCGCUCAGUGAACUGUCUGCCCGGUCAGAGAGAUGUGGAUAAUGCCAUUCGAACUGUAGGAGAAGCCAGCAAGAAACUCCUGUCUGAUAAAUUUCCGACAAGUGGGAUGAGUUUCCAAGAAUCUCAGGCCAAUCUGAACCUGGCCGCAGCUGGACUGAACCAGUCAGCCAAUGAGCUUGUGCAGUCGUCACGCGGCACCACCCAGGACCUCGCCAAAGCCUCCGGGAAGUUCGGUCAGGACUUCAAUCAGUUCCUGCAAGCUGGAGUGGACAUGGCUGGACAGUCACAGUCUAAAGAAGACCAGACUCAAGUGGUCACCAACCUAAAGACCAUCUCCAUGUCCUCCAGUAAACUCCUGCUGGCUGCUAAAGCUCUGUCUACGGACCCCAACUCACCCAACCUGAAAAACCAACUUGCCGCUGCUGCUCGUGCGGUGACAGACAGCAUUAAUCAGCUGAUCAGCAUGUGUACCCAGCAGGCUCCGGGACAGAAGGAGUGUGACAACGCUCUGCGCGAGCUUGAGACUGUUGGAGGAAUGCUGGAGAAUCCCACCGAGGCUGUCAAUGAUAUGGGCUACUUUGAUUGUAUUGACAGUGUUAUGGAAAACUCAAAGGUUUUGGGUGAAGCCAUGGCCGGUAUUUCCCAUAAUGCCAAGAACAGUAACUUACCAGAGUUUGGAGAUUCAGUCAGUUCAGCAUCUAAAGCGUUGUGUGGCUUGACCGAGGCAGCCGUUCAGGGUGCGUAUCUGGUGGGUGUUUCUGACCCGAACAGUCACGCCGGGCAGAAGGGUCUCGUGGACCCAUCUCAGUUUGCCAGAGCCAAACAGUCCAUCCAGAUGGCUUGUCAGAACCUCGUGGAUCCGGCCUGUACUCAGUCCCAGGUCCUCUCUGCUGCCACGAUUGUUGCCAAACACACUUCGGCUCUGUGCAACGCCUGCAGACUCGCCUCCUCUAAAACAUCCAACCCUGUUGCUAAGAGACAGUUCGUCCAGAGUGCUAAAGAGGUGGCAAACAGCACCGCCAAUCUCGUCAAGUCCAUCAAAGCGCUCGAUGGUGCUUUUAACCAGGAGAACAGACAGAAGUGUAAAGAAUCCACUGGGCCGCUCAUUGAGGCUGUGGAUAACUUAACCGCCUUUGCUUCGAACCCAGAGUUUGCCAGCGUACCUGCUCAGAUCAGCCCAGAAGGCCUGGCAGGGAUGGAGCCAAUCAUAGCAGCCGCUAAGACCAUGCUGGAGAGUUCAACAGGCAUGAUCCAGACGGCCCGCUCGCUGGCUGUCAACCCCAAAGACCCGCCCAAAUGGUCUGUGUUGGCUGGGCACUCCAGAACUGUGUCUGACUCUAUAAAGAAACUCAUCACUAACAUGAGGGAAAAAGCUCCAGGACAGAGGGAGUGCGAUGAUGCAAUUGAGCUUCUUAAUAACUGCAUGCGUGAAGUGGACCAGGCCUCUCUGGCAGCUAUCAGCCAACAGCUCACACCUAGAGAUGACAUCUCACAUGAGGCUCUGCAUGAGCAGAUGGCGGCAUCCGUACAUGAGAUCAGUAACCUGAUUGAUCCAGUAGCCGUCGCAGCCCGCGCUGAUGCCUCUCAGCUGGGUCAUAAGGUGUCUCAGAUGGUCAGCUACUUUGAGCCAUUGAUCAUGGCUGCAAUCGGUACAGCAUCUAAGAUCUUAAACAGUCAGCAGCAGAUGAGCGUGCUGGAUCAGACGAAGACCCUGACUGAGUCUGCCCUGCAGAUGCUCUAUACCGCCAAAGAGGCUGGAGGAAACCCCAAGGCGGCUCACACACAGGAGGCUCUGGAAGAGUCUGUUCAGAUGAUGAAGGAAGCUGUGGAUGAUCUGGGUGCGACUCUAUCGGAGGCAGCAAGUGCCGCCGGAGCCGUGGGCGGCAUGGUCAACUCCAUCACUCAAGCCAUCAACAAAAUGGAAGAUGGUCCAGGUUUAGAACCAGAAGGGACGUUUGUAGAUUACCAGACCACGAUGGUGAAGACGGCCAAAGCCAUUGCUGUCACCGUUCAGGAAAUGGUUACCAAAUCCAACACAAAUCCUGAUGAAUUGGGUGGUUUGGCCAAUCAGCUGACCUCAGAGUUUGGUGAUCUGGCAUCAGAGGCCAAAUGUGCAGCCAUGACUGCCGAGAAUGAUGAGAUCGGCUCUCACAUCAAGAAACAGGUAACAGAGUUGGGCUUCAGCUGUACUGGUUUGGUGAGUAAAGCUGGAGCUCUGCAGUGUAGCCCCAACGACUCCUUCACCAAGAAAGAGCUCAUCGACAGCGCACGCAAAGUCUCUGAGAAGGUGUCUCACGUGUUGGCAGCCCUUCAGGCAGGUAAUCGUGGUACUCAGGCCUGCAUCACUGCUGCCAGCGCUGUGUCGGGCAUCAUCGCUGAUCUGGACACCACCAUCAUGUUUGCCACAGCAGGAACUCUCAACCGAGAGAACGCCGAGACGUUUGCAGAUCACAGAGAGCACAUCUUGAAGACGGCUAAAGUUCUGGUGGAGGACACUAAGCUGUUGGUGUCUGGAGCUGGAGCGAGUCAAGAAAGACUGGCCCAGGCGGCUCAGUCCUCGGUCAACACCAUCACUAAACUGGCUGAUGUGGUCAAACUGGGAGCAGCGAGUCUGGGUUCUGAAGAUCCUGAGACGCAGGUGGUUUUGAUCAAUGCUGUAAAAGACGUGGCAAAGGCUCUGGGUGAUCUGAUCAGUGCCACUAAAGCAGCUGCUGGUAAACCUCAUGAUGAUCCGGCCAUGUUACAACUCAAGAGCUCUGCUAAGGUGAUGGUGACAAAUGUGACGUCUCUGCUGAAGACGGUGAAGGCCGUAGAGGAUGAAGCUACCAAAGGAACGCGAGCUCUGGAGGCCACAAUAGAGCAUAUUAAGCAGGAACUGGCUGUGUUCAGCAGUCCUGAUCCUCCACCGAAGACUUCCCCCCCAGAGGACUUCAUCCGCAUGACCAAAGGCAUCACGCAGGCCACGGCCAAAGCAGUGGCUGCUGGGAACUCCUGCCGCCAGGAGGAUGUGAUCGCCACUGCCAACCUGAGCAGACGGGCCGUGGCUGACAUGCUUCACUCUUGUAAGCAAGCAGCGUUCCACCCAGAGGUGAACCGUGAUGUUCGCAACCGAGCCCUGCGCUUCGGCUCUGAGUGUGCCACAGGUUACUUGGGUCUGUUGGAGCACGUGUUAGUGAUCAUUCAUAAACCCUCGCAUGAUCUCAAACAGCAGCUGGCAAACUACUCCAAACGUGUGGCCGGCUCAGUGUCGGAGCUCAUACAGGCCGCAGAAGCCAUGAAAGGUACGGAGUGGGUGGACCCCGAGGACCCCACCGUCAUCGCUGAGAAUGAGCUGCUAGGAGCUGCAGCUGCCAUUGAAGCCGCAGCCAAGAAACUGGAGCAGCUCAAACCCCGAGCCAAACCCAAGGAAGCUGAUGAGAGCCUUAACUUUGAAGAACAGAUUCUGGAAGCAGCCAAAUCCAUUGCUGCCGCCACAAGCGCUCUGGUGAAAGCUGCAUCUGCUGCUCAGAGGGAACUUGUGGCUCAGGGCAAGGUUGGUGCGAUUCCAGCGAACGCAGUAGAUGAUGGACAGUGGUCUCAGGGUCUCAUUUCAGCUGCUCGUAUGGUGGCUGCAGCGACGAAUAACCUGUGUGAAGCCGCCAACUCUGCGGUUCAGGGUCACGCCAGCGAAGAGAAGCUCAUUUCUUCAGCCAAACAGGUGGCAGCGUCCACCGCACAACUGCUGGUGGCCUGUAAGGUCAAAGCUGACCAGGACUCCCAGACCAUGAAGAGACUGCAGGCCGCUGGUAAUGCUGUGAAGAGAGCGUCAGAUAAUCUGGUGAAGGCGGCACAGAAGGCUGCGUUUGACGCUCAGGACGAUCAGACCGUGAUGGUGAAGAGUAAGAUGGUGGGCGGCAUCGCUCAGAUCAUUGCAGCCCAGGAGGAGAUGCUCAGGAAGGAGAAAGAGCUGGAAGAGGCCAGAAAGAAGCUGGCCAUGAUCCGACAGCAGCAGUACAAAUUCAUGCCGUCAGAGCUCCGAGAGGACGGACACGAGCAGUGAGACGCAACAGAGACUAAAAAAUCAUUUCUACUAGCUAGAUAGAUAACAUAAUGAGCUUGAGCAAAGUAAUCAAAGAUAUGCAAUGAGUAUAAAGUGAAAUCUUAUCAGGAUGUCUAUUUUAAGUGUUUUGUUGAUUUUUUUUGUCACUUAUGAGCAUUGCCACCUUUUAAAUGAGCUUUAUUGUUUGGGUUUUGUUAUAUUUGAGUAAUGUGCCACAUAUGCAAGUCACGUUUAAUUGCUUCUAAUAUAUCUGUAUUAUUUUUUUUGUAUUAGAUUAGAUUAGAUUAAAAGCAUUGUGUGUUUUAAAGCGCACUCGUUCAAGGCCGGGGCCAAAUAGUGUUUGUGAUGAAUGAUAAGCUUUCCAAAGCGACAUGAUUUAUAUUUGUUGAGGAUGUAUAGGCCAUCGAUCUGCUCUUCUGAUAGACAUGGACUUUCUGUGGCAAUCUGGAGCAGUUGGUGCAAUGAUUCAUUCUGGCGUUGAAGCAAUUCAUUGAGAGUAAACAUAUCAUUUUUUUAAAGAAAAGAAAAAUAAAGCUAUUGUUACAGAUGGUAUUUCAUAUUAAAUAUGUUAUUACAGUGUUUGUCAAAUUUUGUGCUAAAGUUUUGGUCUACUGGCAUUUCUGUCAAAAUUUUAUAUUUUAUAAAGCAUAAAAGCCAUAUUUCCAUACUGCUAUUUUUUCUCUUUUUUGUUUUUUUGUUGCAAUUUACUGUAAUAUAAUAUAAUUCCCAUCAAGCUGUAGAUGAUAUUAGAUUUCAGUAAAAAAAAUAUCUGUAAGAGCAGAAUUGGUUACUUAAAAAUAGAAAGAAUAAAAGAUUAUUGAGAGACUGUUUUUGUGAUUUGAGCACAUACAGUUUUUGACAUUUUAUUAAUAACUGUGCUCUUUCUGAAAAUGUCCCAUUAUAUUUUAUGAUUGUGUAUUUAACUUUUAACAAUUUUUUCACCUUAAAUAUGCAAGCACACUUUGUCAUAUGUUUAACAAAUCUUAUAAAUUCACUGUUUUCCAAAGA